AAUUGUUUCUCCCUGUUUCCAGCUGCCGUAUUUCUUCCAUGGAUUCACUGAAAUUGAGCAUUCCUCAAGUGGGUUUGCAACGAAGCUUCAAUAUCUCUUUUUCGAAUCUGCCUAUGCCACCAUCAAGGCUAAAAAUUACAUGUGGGUUGAGAAAGAUUGGACCAAGAAAACCAAUGUGGAGGUCAAGGGUGUUGUCUCCGGAAGCCAUACAAGCUGUCCAGUCUUUGAAAUUAGCAAGAUCUCCAGACAAAUUAGUAGAGGUCUUUGCUAAUAGAAUAAGCAGGCUUCUGAAGGCUGACUUGGUGGAUACUUUAUCAGAGCUGCAAAGGCAAAACGAAGUAGAAUUAGCCCUUCAGGUGUUUAAUUUUGCAAGAAAAGAAGUUUGGUAUGAACCAGAUAUAUCUAUUUACAGUGACAUGAUCCUGAUGUUGGGAAAGAGCAGCAAUAUUGAAAUGGCUGAACAGCUUUUUGGUGAGAUAGAGAAAGAAGGCCUAAGGCCUGACACCAGAACAUACACUGAGAUGAUUGGAGCAUAUUUCCGUGUCAAAAUGAUAGAAAAGGCAAUAGAGUCAUAUGAAUCAAUGAAGGGAUCAGGUUGUAUUCCUGACAAGCUUACAUUCAGGAUCUUGAUAAAGAACCUUGAAAAAUCUGGUGAAAAAGAACUUAUAGCUACAGUGAAGAAAGAUUGUCUCACCUAUAUUGAGUACCCUGAGAAAUUUCUUGAAGAGGUUGAAAAGACAUAUCCAAAGCGAAGGUUACUCAACAUUGUUUGAAGAUAUGUAGCAUCUUUCAACCAUGUCGUCCUUUGUGCUACCUUUGAAUUUCACAAUCCUCAGAGCUGGAUGAAGCUCGUCGCCACAGCCAGCUACCUUGAGAUAGUUGCUGCCAGCUUAUUGGCAUAUGAGCUGGCAAUUCUUACCUUGAGUGGAAUGAAAGGUGAAUUAUUCGAUUUAAUUUAAGCAAGGAUCAUUUUGAAAUAUUGCUGCCCUGUAUUAGAUCCUUGCACAGUGAUAGUUUCGGUUUGUAAUCACUAAUUAUGACUUCAUUAGGCAAUUUUGGCAAUUUUGAACUUGCUAGGCUGACUAAGUGCCUUGUAUAGGUCAUUGCUGUUGGAUUAAUGCGAAUACCAUUUUACAAUAUGAACUCUUUUAGCUACUGAAAAGUUCCCUAUGUUGUAUCAACUCUUGAAAGAUGCUGCACGUGCCUUAUAAUGUAAUGUAAAUCUCCCAAAAUUUGCAACA